AUGUCUAUUUUGUUCCGGGGUUUCCAAAAUGCCUCGAGACGUGCUGUUCAGCCAUCAAAAUUGGCCGGCGCAAUAGUUGGCUCAAGGUUCAUCAGCAAGACCAAGCGCAAAACCACCAAACCGUCACAGCUGAUAUACCCUGAGGCGGCCAACAAAGACCAUUCUGAUCUCGCGACAUUUCUAUCAUAUGUCGAACGCACAAGCCUGAAUAAAAACUCAACUGUAUAUCGGGGCACACACUACGAAUACACAGUCGCCGACACACUCUCACAGUAUGGCUUCCUCCUCAAGCGCGUUGGGGGCCAUUCAGACCGAGGCUUGGAUCUCCUAGGCAUAUGGACACUGCCUUCAACAUCGCAGACGUCCAAGGUGAUAAUCCAAUGCAAAGCAGGCGCUCGGAGUCUAAGCCCUAUGUACAUUCGCGAGCUCAAGGGCGCUUUGGCGGUAGCUCCCCCAGGGUGGCGAGGCGCAAACGUUCUGGGGCUCCUCGUAGGCGAGAAGCCAGCUACAAAAGGUGUACAGAAAGAGAUGUACUCUGCAGAUGCGGCUUUGGGAUAUGUGUGCUGCACAAGAGAGGGCGAAGUGGCACAGCUGCUAUGGAAUCUGAAAGCUCAGGAAAUGGGACUGGAAGGACUGUCGGUUGGCGUCAAGUAUGGCGGGGAUAAGAGCCAGCUUGUGUUGAUUCGAGGUGGUGAGAUGCUCCCUUUGUUGGAGAAGGUCAAGAUCGAGAAGGACAACGUGGUGGAUGUGUCUGUUAUUGCGGCCGAAGGGGGAACACUCUGA